UAUACAUGAAAGCAGAUGGCGGCACUAAUCAAUUCGGCUGCUAGUCAGAUGCCAAGUAAAAAAAUGGCGGACUGCGAGAAGGAGGAGGCGCACAAUCUCCAAAUGGAGUUUGAGUGGGUGCUUCGUGAGGAAGUGCACUCUUCGCUAUCGCAGCUUAAAAAUAUAUUAAUAGAGUGUGCUCAGCGAUUUCCAUUGACACUCUUCGGUAAUGAUCAACAUAAUAAAACUGACAGAUUUGUGUUUGCGGCUGCACACGAUCAAGUCAAGUGUGUUGCCGUUCUCACCGGCGACAGUAUUACAAAUGCGGAAGUAAAUUUUAAAGUACAGCGACAACAAAACAUAAAUAUGAGAACAAGUAUUCAAAACGAACAUCCAUGGAAGUUACAACAGAUACAAGAUGCUGCUAACCAUUUGCAACAAGCCAUUGCCCAUAUAGACAAUGUGGACAGGCAUUACCUUUUUAAGACUUCAGAUGAAGUCAUGCAUGUUCUAGGUAAUAUUUUGGGUUGUCUCCAAAGGAGCAGAACCAGUUUAAUUGUCCCUAGAAAGAAACCAAUGGACGAUCUUAUUAAGAGUCGAAAUAUGAAAUCUCUUAAUCCGAACCUCCCAGAGAAUCUGGCCAUUAGUUUUUAUAUUCAAAGCUACAAACUGGUCUUAGCAGUUUAUCAAUUAGAGAAUGCUCAUGGCAGUGUUAAAUAUGAAACACAACAGGCAGAAUGCAGCGUGCCAUGGCUAAAUGAUGCUCUUGUUCUGCUUACUAUCGCGCUACAACUUUGUCAACGACUAAAAGAUAAGAUAUGCGUUUUCUCCCAAUAUAAAGAUUUUACAGUAGGUUCUCGUGUUCCUUCAGUGCUGGGCUGAUAAUCUAAGGAAAUUUAUGCGUUUGAAAUGGAACUUGAUACAUACAGGAUGGUGCUAUGUGCAAGUGAAGAAUUUUGGCCUCAAUUGGUAACACUUGCCUUGGCCUUUGUUUCUACAUAUGUUAAUUGUUUCCUUCUCGUCGUAUGUCUCAUCGCAUACUCUCAUUACAUAACUAGAAUGUUAUUGUAGAGUUUAUAAUGGUAAUUACAGCGUGCGCCUAGUUAAAGCGAUAUAUAUCGUGUUCUGUAAUAUGUUAGUUAAACUCAAACGUCGGAUCAAACACACGGGUAUGUGAGACAAAUGGAUAAUAAUAAUAAUAAUACUAAUAUUAAUAACAAUAAUAACAAUAAUGAUUCACUAUUGUUAUCAUAGGCCAGAAAUGGAAGACUUAUAAGCAUUUUGCCAAUUACUGGGGUGCCUACCACCAUGUUGUAUUAUGUUCUCCCCUUUUCUGUGGCAAUUCUGAUGAACAUUCGAGCCUUUAACCUUAGAUCAAAUUUGGACUUGUUUCGUCUACGAGUUGAUAGAGUGGUAUUUAAUAAGUCUGCUGUGAUUUUAGAAAUCUACACUGUAAUCCUCUCCUUACUGGACUAGUACAUAUUUUUAUGUAUUAAUCGCUAUGAAUUUUAUCUUAUUGCGUUAUUUAUUAAUUGUAUAGUCAUUGUGUAUUAUAAUUCCUAACUAUAUUUUUAACUAUAUUUUAUUUAUUUCCGCAAAUACAUCUGGUCAUAUAAUUCUUCAAAAAUAUCUGUGAAUAUAAAAAUUCAGAUGCAAUAAUUCAAAUCGAUACCUUUCUCGUAACAAUAAAAUGUGCUAACUCGAAGUUAACUAUUAUGUGUAUAGUUCUAGAACACACAUACACACAUGCUAUC